AUGCUUUUAGGACUGGUUCGCGGCGACCGCUUCAUCAAGAAAACGACGCAAGAGUCGCAAAGGAAACAAAUAUCAACGCAAGUUUUGAUUGAAGGAUUGUGUAGGGCUGCAUGUCGUGUCAAAUUUGGCCAUUUAACACCUGAAGCUGCCAAAAAAUCACUUUGUUCACACAUACAGGGGGGGAGGGUAGAGGCGGUCGUAGCUGAUAGUUUGCUUAAGAUUUUGUUGUUUGUGGCAAGAGAUGGACACUCUGAGAAUUUAGUUGAUUUUGCUUAUCAAGUGGGAAAGAUUUCAUCAGAUAACACAUUAUUUAUUUUAUGGGAGAAACUCCUUUACAGAACAAUAAUAAAGGAGAAGAAGCUGAGAAUUGGCAUAUGUAGCAUUAUUAUCUCUCUCGCACACCGGGCCUGUAUGGGACAGCUGGAGAUACCGCAUUCUCUAUUUUCUAAACAUACAAUUUUGUUUCGAGGAAUGGUCCUUGAGAAUGCCCCAGAGUUCCGUUGCUGCGCUCUACAGGCGCUUGAGAAUUUCCAGGAUGGCUUACUACCAGUGUUUUUAAACUGCUUAUUGGAUCCUCACCACAGUGUUAGGAUGGCAGCCAUUAAAUAUAUUGAAAUCCCACCACCCGAAUCUCAGGAAUGUAAAAAUGUAUACAAACAGUUGACACACCGAGCUGCAGAUUCAAAUCACAUUGUCAGAUCUCAAGUAUUCACUAAACUACAAUCCCACGAAGAAACUCUGCCUAUUGAACUAAAGGUCCAGCUGCUUAGGCUGGGCGGCAUUGACAAGGUAGCUUCAGUGCGUAACGCUGCACUGAAGAUGUUUAAAAAAUGGAUCAAAAAUGACGUAUCCCAGUUAAUAGAUAAUUAUUUGGAUAAAUUAUACGAUUUAUCGUUCAUGGAACCCAUACUGACAGCUUAUUUAAAGACCUAUAAUAUAGGCAAACUGCUUGAACAUCCGGUUACGCUCAAACCUAGUGAGUUGUUCAUAAUUAGAAUAUUUUUGGCGAAUAUUAGCGCUAGUGUGGAAAGAAAUACUUCAGGCCUACUUCAAUUGCUUGGAUAUUGUCGGGAACUGCUUAACUUAGAUAAAGAACAGGCUUCCAUUGCUGAAAAUCCGAAUCUAACUCCAGAUGAAUUCCAAGACGCCAUAGAAGAUGAUAGAACAGGCAUUUAUUGCUAUAAUCAAAAAGAGCAUGAUGAACUAGCCAAGAUUUAUACCAGCAAUCAUUUGAAAACCAAUGCACUAUCACAUUUGUUCAUAAUAAUGCAUUACUUUGAUAUGAUAGAGAUCAGGCAUGCUGAAAUUGUUAUAGACACGUGUUCAAUGGCGCUUCAGUCUGCACCACAUUAUUCUUCGGUAGAAUCUUGUAUACCAUACGCGGUGUCAACAGACAACGAGAUAAGACCGGCAGAUUGGCUAAAACAUGACUUCAUCUACCCCUGCGUUUCCCUCGUACAAAGGGCGGUAGAAAGAAUAUGCAAAUCUGACAAAAUUCUCAAUCCAUUCACAGAAUUUACCAAAAGGGUUUUAUUGAUAAUUAGCGAUAUAAAAGAUCCAUUUGGCGGGGGUGGAGUGGAUGGGGACAAGUUUAACGUGGAUGAUAUGUCAACGGAAGAUUUGACUAAGCAAUCGGAUAAGUUAGCAGUGAAGAUUAAGAACAAGUCAGAACAGUUAAUCGAAUUGAAAUCCACCAAAGUUAGCGCCAAGGAUCAGGAGGAGGCACUUAAAAACGAAAUCGACCAAGCAAGUAAAACAAUUCAAAAUAUGUCACAACAGCUCUCUCAACUCAGAAUUGAGCUUAAAAAUCGCUGGCACCGCGUGGCAAGGGUGAUUGAUGCGUUCCUAAUGCUAUCAAAAUCUAACUCAAAAAUUGACCCUUCAUUGUGUAAUUUUCCAGCGGAAUUGUUGUUACCUGCAUUGGAAUUUUUUGCUACUAGGGCUCCUGAAUGGAAUGAGUACGACUUUUCAGAUCAGUUGUGCGAGAUAAUCAUUUCCAAGUGUCUUGGCAAUUGGUGCUUACUGUGUGGCACGAAGGAUGAAUCAUUGCGUCAAAUUAAAGCAUUUACAGCAGCAUUAGAUGGUUCUCUUAAAGCUUUGUGGGAAUGUAUCGUUUCAUUGUCAAAAUUGCACUCUUCUAUGGGUUUGAAUAUGUUCCAACAGAAUAAGUCGGGGUAUGGAGGCAUAAACUACAAUGGCAUGUGGGUGGACCUGAAUUACACCUUCUCCCACUAUGAACUAGAGGAUAAAUUGGCCAAAAUGGAUCGUUCUUCCGUUGAAAAUUAUGAAACAGAAGCUAAGAAAUUAGAUGUACAGACUCUUAGGUGCGAGCUAUAUUUAUCGACACUAGGAGAUUUGAUAUCAACCAACCCUUAUAUCUACCAAACAUAUGAAACUCAACAUGUACUAAUCAAUUAUUUAUGGCCCAUAAUAUCUGGCAAGUACCAAACCAGCAAAAGCAUCCAAUCUAUGGCUAUUAAAGCUGCAUGUAAAAUAAUACUUACUUGUUUAACCCAGCGCCUCGAUGACGAUACAAAUCCUCCAUAUGACGACGACCUACUGGAUACAAUUGCCAACAACAUAAGAUGUUUGUUGGAAUUGGCAUUUUUACUUCCUCCUUCGGCAAAUCAUAUUGUAUGCAACUUCAAAAUCAUUAAGACGCACAGCGUAUCUUCUAUUUCAUCUUUGGAUAAACAGCAUAUCAUAAAAUUGGUUUCCAUGUUUGUUUUGGCUUCUUCUAGACACAAGAAGAUACUACACAAGGUAAUUGAGCAGAUAUUAACUCGCACCAUUCAUGGCGUGUUGAUGCGUAAGAUUCCAACGAAAGGCGUUACAAAACUAAUUGCUUUCCUUACCCAAACUUGUUUCUUCAAGUCUGACCCUGAAAUGGUGGCAGAGACAUUUCCAAACUACAUGAAAUGGUUGUUGCUGGUUUUGAUUGACAAGGCGCCGUUAUUACAAGCUGACAGGGCUAGCUUUACCAAAUUUGUGGCAGAAGCUUUGGACGCCUAUUUGAAUAUAAAAAUAGGGGACCACUUGGCUUGGCAAUUGGGGAUGGAUAAAGAUGAAAAGGGUACCAAAGAACACUUGUACAACUUCAUCGUGCUUAUUGAAUUUAUCACUUCUGAUUCCCGCGUUAGGCCCUUUGAGCCAAUACUUAAACAGUUGAAAGAAAUAAUGGCGGACAAGGGAGUGAAAUUUGACGAUGAUAAAACCAAUAAAGAAGUAUUCAACCGUCUGGUGCAAUCUUAUGAUAAAAAUCUGCGAGGCGGAAAAGGGUCUCGUGAUUUGGAGAUUUCAUUAGUCACCAAGGAAAGUGACGUUGAGCCUAGGGAAGGGGAAAGAAAAUCCUCCAGGAUUAAGGAACCCAAGGCUAGAAAGGCGGCCAAUGCUUAUGAUAGUGAAGAUGAAGAUGAAUACGAUUCUGAUUACGACGAAGGUCCGAGGAGGAGUAGGAAUAUCAAAACACAAGUCAAAAAAAGAAAGAAGUAG